AUGGACGACUGCGUCCACGCCGCCGCCGCCUCGGGCAUGUUCGCCCAGUGCUCCGAGCCCACGCUCCGCGCGCUCUGCGCCCGCGCCGCGUCCGUCACGUACGCCAAGAACGCCGUCGUGUACCACCAGGGCGAGCCCCAGACCGAACUGCUGCUGCUCCAGACCGGCAGCGUCGAAGCCACAAAGGUCAUCGACGGUCAGGAGCACACGCUCAACGUGCUCACGCGCGGCGCCGUGGCCUCCAACCACGCGCUCGUGCAGGACCCGGCGGCCGUGACCGUGCGCUGCCUCACGCCCGUCACGGGCUUUACGCUCUCGAGCGCUGCGCUCAACGACGUGCUCGAAGGCGACCGCCGCGCGUCGCGCGAAGUCAUGCGGAGCCUCAGCAAAGAGAUCCGUCGCCAGGCGUCGCUGCUGCAGACGCCGCUCUUUGAGCAGCACGCGAAGCCCACGCCGUACUUUGCCACGUCGGUGGCUGCCUCGAUCGAGGCGUUCUACCGCAGCGGCAUGAACUCGCUCUUGAACGCGCGCCUCACGGGCCAACCCGUGGCGCGGCUCUUCCCCGAGAUGCACCUGCAGAUCCCCACGCGCGUCGUCUACAUCAAUGGCUUUAAAGGCAUUCGCCACGUGCUCGAGAAGACCGUGCGGGCCGACGAGUUUGACUACCCGCACGUCGUGCGCUUGGCUGAAGCCGUUGCGCCCGGCGUGCUCAUGACGCCCGUGAGCAGUAUGCUCGAGGCCUUUAACGCCGGCCACAUGAACCCCGAGUCGCUCGCCACGCGCUGGAUCCGCGGCACGGCGCCGCGCAUGCUGCGCGAAGUGAUCUUUGGCGUCGGCUUGAACCAGCUGUCGGACUACUUUGAAGAGCGGCUGUCGGUCACGGCCAGUCCCGCGCUGAACAACGCCAUUGGGAGCAUGAUGGCCGGCGUCGUGUGCGGCUACCUCUCGCACGUGCCGCACAAUCUCUCGACGAUGAAGCUCAUGCACCCGCAGAAGAGCUACGGCGAGCACAUGGACGACUUUAUCCGGCGGGCCGAAGUGCGCGUCCCCAUGACGGGGUCGCCGCGGCAGCGGUACGUGGCCGCAACGGCAAUGGCGCUGCUCUUCCCCAAGGGACUGACCGUGCGGACGUCGCAGAUUGUGGGCUCGUUCAUUAUCCUGAACGGCACGAUCAAUUCGCUCAAGGAAGUCGACGUGGACACGUUCAAGCGCUACAUGUCGAGCUAA